AUGGUUUUUCACCGCCGUUUCAGAAUGCGGCGAGAUGAGUACUUCACGUAUCGGGAAGAUGGCAUCAGCAGACCCGAACUUACGUCGGUGCAGAAGUGCACGGUUGCGUGCUGGCAGUUGGCGUACGGCACCACGGCGGAUAUGUUCGACGAGUACCUGCACGUCGGGGAGACAACUGGCCGCGAGUGUCUGAAGACUUUUUGUAAGGGAAUUGUGGAGGCUUUCGGCGACACAUAUUUGCGAAGACCGACUGCUGAUGAUUGCCAGAGGCUGAUGAGGAUGCACGAGAUGGUGCACGGCUUCCCUAGAAUGCUAGGGAGCGUCGACUGUAUGCACUGGGAGUGGAAGAAUUGCCCGACGGCGUGGAGAGGCCAAUUUACUAGUGGCUACAAGGGCAGCCACCCGAAGAUGAUCCUCGAAGCCGUCGCUAACCACCGGCUCUAG